CAGAUAUCCUUUGAUUUGGAUUCCUGCCUUGAGCAAGGAGUUGGCCCCUUCCAACUUCAUUAUUCUACAAUUCUAUGCCCUCAAUGUAAGACUACCAUCCCACUGGCUUUCAUCUUCCCAUUUAUCCAAAGGUCUUGGGAAAGGUAAAAAAAAAAAAAGGAGACCAGAGAUGGCGCUCCGGGGAGGACUUUUUCUCCCACGCUUUCUCGGGUGGGCGAAAGGAACCUUGACCCCCAGCCUUCAUAAUGAGAACAGGGGCACCGCCGUCAUCUCUGAUCACGUCUGCAGCUGAGGAUUUGAGGGCAGCGGAGAGCUCAGUGGGUCUCUCAUUGAAGCUUUAACGAGGCCGCAUGAAGACAGAAGCGGUGUACCUAAAGCAGCGCAGGUCACGGGGCCGCUUUGAAGAGGUUGCCGGCUUAGAUGUGGCAGGAGCGACAGCGACAGGAUCCAACAAGGGAAGGGGCUGUCACUCGGCCGCAGCGUGCAGGCUUUCCCUUUCGGUCCCCAAUUCAGUUCCUGGCAUUUCCAAAGCGGACUGGGGGAAAUCUCUGUCUGAGUCCCAGGACAGCCGCUGCCCAUCUGAGUACACCGUUCAUGGGCAACCAGAUGCCUGGUCUUCUCCUUCUGAGAAGAAAGCCAACCAGCGGUGGCCACCAAGAGAUCGACCGGAAACAAGACUUUGCAAAUGGAGAAGAUCAAGGCCCGCUUGAAGGCUGAGUUUGAGGCGCUGGAGUCGGAAGAGAGGCAUCUGAAGGAGUACAAGCAGGAGAUGGACCUUCUGCUGCAGGAGAAGAUGGCGCACGUGGAAGAGCUGCGACUCAUCCAUGCCGACAUCAACGUCAUGGAGAACACCAUCAAGCAGUCUGAGAAUGACCUCAACAAGCUCUUGGAAUCCACGCGUCGUCUGCACGAGGAGUACAAGCCACUGAAGGAGCACGUGGACGCCUUGAGGAUGACUUUGGGCUUGCAGAGGUUGCCGGAUCUGUGUGAGGAGGAAGAGAAGCUCUCUCUUGAUUACUUUGAAAAGCAGAAAGCCGAGUGGCAGACGGAGCCUCAGGAGCCGCCGAUCCCUGAAUCGUUGGCGGCCGCGGCUGCGGCCGCUCAGCAGCUGCAGGUGGCGAGGAAACAGGACACUCGGCAGACAGCGACGUUCAGGCAGCAGCCACCACCCAUGAAGGCUUGCUUGUCCUGCCACCAGCAAAUCCACCGUAACGCGCCCAUCUGCCCUCUGUGUAAAGCGAAAAGCCGCUCUCGGAAUCCCAAAAAGCCCAAGAGGAAGCAAGACGAAUGAGAAGCAGGGACAGAAAGGGGGGAAAAAGCAUAAGAAAAGAAAACACUUGCCAAGAAAGCCUGUGAUUCAACCCAGCCUCUCCCCCUCCUUCUUUCCAGUAGAACUGUACAUGUGGUCAGAAGUCUUCGGAGUGCAAACUUUUUGAGUGUUCCUCUGUUCUCGUUCAGCGUGAUGUAAGCACAACCGUUCUGUUUGGGCUCACUUGUGGUCUGGUAUUUGAUCUUUUGCUUUGUAGGAAACCGAGGGUGCUACCGUUAUAAAGUAUCAGUCAUUCUGCUUUUCGGACUCUGCGCACAAAGGGAGACCUCCGCCGGUCAUUAAGGUGAAGGCAGAAGGACUUU